AUGUCUUCUCUCAGAUACAUGCCGAUGGAUAUUAUCCAGGAAAUCGUGGAAAAACUGCUGCCAGUUGAUAGAUUGGUAGUUCGAAAAGUGACUCGAAACUUCCGUAUUGCUAUUGAUCAUCAUGGGAUUUGUCUUGAAGAACUGGUAGUUAAUAUGGAUAAGCUGCAAGUUUUGGAGCUGCGUGUAGAUGGAACAUAUUUCAAGUACAUCGAUGUAACUGGUGGUUGCUAUGUGAAAAUUUAUAGUAAGACAUGGGUUCGUCAGAAGAGAAUCCCAGGAGGAGAUCAUGUAAAAAUAAUGUUGGAUGAUAUGGCUGAAUUUUUACAGUACCCAUUGAAACUUUUCAAAUGUUAUCUGAAUCAUAUCUUCGAAGAUUUCAUGGAUAGACUGAAGAAAGCCGGUAGUAUACACACACAAAGUACCUCCCUUCUUUCUCUGUACCCGGAUAAAAUAAUUAAAGUUGUAUCGUAUCUUAAGCCGGGAGUACUUGAAGACAUCGCAUUUGGUGUUGAGAAGCGCACGGAACAAGUGAAAGAGCUGUACAGUAUGGAGCAAUGGAAGCAAGCGAAAAAGAAAAGGAGCAAUGUUCCAUAUCAUAUCCUUUUCGAGCCAGAAAAAAUAUUUUUGGAUUAUUUAAGCCGGACCACAGAUACGGAUAUUCAUUUGAUUAUACCGAAAACGAGCCGCAGUUUGAAAUUCAAGAAAUAUCAUGGACGAUCGAGAUAUGGAUCUAACUGUUUCAUUUUUUUAGGAUAA